UCCUCCUGAGCCCGCAGAGUUUUUGUAUGUAGUCAGAAGGAGACGCGCUCUCUGUCUGUUCCUCUAAUGACGAGCUGGUGUAAGCUGUGCCUAUAUUUCUAUUUGUCCUGUGUGCUGGACGAAUAUAGUGCCGUGGAGACCUGGCUGUGUACGGUCGACUGUUAGUUUCUGUUUAAUUAACUGCCGUGUAGAAAUCCCCACUCUGUCCACUUUCAUCUGAUGCUACUCGCUAUCUUGGGUCAGUUGCUACCUGUUACGACCGACCGCUAGCUCUCUCUACCUACACCAGCUGACGUUACAUGCUCUAAAGAAUCCCAUUUGAGAAAGAAACUCCCGAGUGGAGAAUGUAGUGGAUUAAUGCCAUUAGACUUUCUACUUUCCAUGGUGUGAGAACUAAAUAAUGGCAAGCUAACAAGUCGUUCACAAAUGGGGACAAUGGGUUGUCAGAAGACUUGCAAGGUGGAGAAACUCCUGAAGCAGCCUCAGAGGGAAGUGGUGUGGAGCCAGAGACAAAGGUUAGCCACAACCAAGAAGAACGGCCGGAUGAGGGACACAGAUAAGCUGAGAAAUGAAGUUUCGCCCCUCCAGCUCUCAGGUGUGCAGCGUGUGGACAGCUUUCAUCUUUUAGAGGCCAACAGCAAAGCUCUGAGACUCGGCCAGGAGACCCUGAGCCACCAGAGGCUAAAGCAGAAAUUACUGGAGACUGAGAUCAGCACCAGAAGGAAGGAGUGUGAAGCACUUGAGGCAGAGGUGAAGAAAAGGAAUCAAACAUGUCAGACUUUGGAGAAUGAGCUUCAAGAUUUCCUUCAGGAGAACAAGCACUUGAACCUCCAGUUGUUCAACAAUAGCUACAAGGCAUCUGAGAAUGAGAAGGUGAAGUCUGAGUAUGCCCAGCUCAAAGAGACCCUUGGUGCUGUGACGCAGGAGAGAGAUUUAGCCCUGUGGGAGAAGAACCAGCUCCAAGACAAACUGGAGAACCUAGAGCAGGUGCUCAAGCAUAUGCGAGAGGCUGCAGAGCGGAGGCAGCAGCUUGAGUUGGAGCAUGAGCAGGCCUUGGCUGUACUCAAUGCAAAGCAGCAGGAGAUUGACCUUCUUCAGAAGGCUCAGGUUGAAGCUAAAAAAGAACAUGAAGGUGCCGUCCAUCUGUUAGAGAACCACUUGGACAGCAUGCAGGCCAAAGUCCGUGAGCUGGAGGAGAAAUGUCGGAAUCAGAGUGAGCAGUUCAACCUCCUGUCAAAGGAGCUGGAGAAGUUCCGGCUUCAGGCAGGGAAGUUUGACAUCCUCAGCACUGAACCCUUAACUGUAUGUGAAUCUCCUGGGUCACCCGACAAAUCCCUAUCCCAGCUCCUCAAUGGACUGGCUGCCCCCAUAGGAAAGGGUAAUGAGGCUCCAACAAGCAGAUCUUUGAUAUCUGAGUUCAUUCGGCCGCUCCAGAUCAGUGGAGACAAGCCGGAGCUCCUCUCAGUCAAGCCAACAUUCCUCACUCGCAGUCGAGCCCGCAGCCCAGCACGGGCUUUCCUCUCUGAGAUGGACAAAGAGCUCGGCUCAACAACCAGGUCCAAACUGAGAUUCACAGGGAAGGUUCGUCUGUGCAUCGCGAGAUACAGUUACAAUCCUUAUGAUGGGCCAAACGAGCAUCCUGAAGCAGAGCUCCCCCUGGUGGCAGGGAAGUACCUCUACGUUUACGGGACAAUGGAUGAGGAUGGCUUUUAUGAAGGAGAGCUGCUGGACGGACAGCGAGGACUCGUCCCAUCCAACUUUGUGGACUUUGUGCAAGACGAGGAGACACCGUCUGUCAAACACAGGGACACAGUAGCUAAAGAACCUGGCUACCUCAACCACAGUAGCCUGGUGACUCAAAGACAUGGUGUGAGCACUGGAACGGGAACGAGCAUAAGCAGCCUGCUGAGUGACAGUAAACUCGACUGUCUCAGCACCAGCAGCUUAGGCAUGGACCUCCUGGGCUCCUCUAGCAACGGGACAGGAACCCUGGAUGUCAAUAUUGACGAGGUCGGUGAAGACAUUGUGCCUUAUCCCCGCCGCAUCAACCUGAUUAAACAACUUGCCAAGAGUGUGAUUAUCGGCUGGGAUGCUCCUGUGGUCCCACCAGGCGGGGGCACCAUCAGUGGCUACAAUGUGCUGGUGGAUAAGGAGUUGCGCAUGAGUGUCCCCUACGGGGGCAGGACCAAGUCUCUUAUUGAAAAGCUCAAUCUGCUCACCAACACUUACCGUAUCUCGGUGCAGAGCAUCACUGACCGGGGCCUGUCGGACGAGCUGCGGUGCACUCUGCUCGUGGGAAAAGAUGUGGUGGUGGCACCUUAUUAUCUGCGGGUGGACUGUAUAACACAGGUCUCUGCUGAGCUCUCUUGGAUGCCCAGCAACAGCAACUACAGUCACACCAUCUUCCUGAAUGGUGCUGAGUACGACAUGGUCAAGGCAGGAGGCUACAAAUACAAGUUCUUCAACCUGAAGCCCAUGACCGUUUACAAAGUGAAGGUUGUGGCGCAGCCACAUCAGGUGCCUUGGCAGCUUCCAAUGGAUCAAAGGGACAAGAGGGAAAUCUCUGUGGAGUUCUGCACUCAACAUGCAGGGCCUCCUCUCCCUCCCCAGGAGGUGCAGGUCCAGUGUGGUCAGACGCCCGGGGUGCUGCAGGUCAGAUGGAAGCCGCCUCCUCUGUCGCCCUCAGGAACCUCCAAUGGGGCCUGUGUGAUCGGUUACGCUGUGUGGACGAAGGGACAAAAGGUAGCAGAGGUCUUAUACCCAACAGCAGACUAUGCGAGUGUGGAGUUAAACAGGAUUCAGUGUCUGGAAGCCCGGGAACUUUUUGUAAGGACGUUGUCGACACAAGGCGAGUCCCAGGACUCGCCCAUGGCGGUCAUCCCGCACAAUCUUUUGGGCUCUCCUCACCUGUCCCGCAGGACCGCUAGUCACUCUAUUUCCCAUCCACAGUCCCAACCAGUGCACUCUCAAACUCACCCUCCUUACCCGUCGACGUACCCACCAAAUCACCCUCAGCCGCAGGUUCAGCCUUUGCCUCGAUCCCAACCCCACACGCUGCCACACUCGCAGCCCAGCCGCCAACCCUCUCCUCAUACCCAGCCUCAUACCCAGCCUCAUAUCCAGCCUCAUUUCCAGCGUCACCCCAUGCCCAAGUCCAAACCAUUACUAAGUGCCAGAGAGCCAGAAACCAAAGAGCAUGAGGUGCGGUCAACCCCGCACUGGGAGCGAUCCCCCUCUCCGCUGCCUCCGAUGCGUGGACCAAACCUGGAGCCGCCACACUUUCCACCACGACGGUCGCCCUCCCCUCAGAGGAUCCUGCCGCAGCCUCAGGGAGUCCCCAUCACAAACACCAUCGCCAAGGCCAUGGCCAGGGAAGCUGCCCAGAGAGUGUUUGCAGAGGGAAACCGGGUCGAGAAAAGAAACAUAUUCAGUGAUCGAGGGAACGCCCUACAUCCACUUAACUCUGACGAAGAGGAGGAUGGCUAUGAUUCUCCUCAUGCGAGGAGGAGAGGAGCCUCAGUAGAUGAAUUCCUCCGAGGCUCAGAGCUAGGUCGACAGCAUCAGUAUCAUCACUACAGUCACAGUGAGGAGUACCACACAGAGAGCAGUCGAGGCUCUGACCUUUCUGACAUAAUGGAGGAGGACGAGGAGGAUCUUUACUCUGAGAUGCAGCUGGAGGAGGGUCGCAGGCGCAGUAUCAACUCUCACAACACUCUAAAGAUCAUUGGGAACUCAUCAUCACAUGGAAACGCUGAUCGUCUGGAACACUCAGGGAGGAGGCUGGUUCACAUUGGCACCCCUCCUCAGCAGCGGCCCAUCCCAUCCAUUGAGAUCACCAUGGACAGUAACAGUGAGGGGAGUGAGGGGAACCUCUCACCCGUCAAGGAGGAUGUUAACUAUGGCAGUGUAGCUCGGCGCAGGAUAUGGCGAUCUUUGUCCUCAGAGGAUCAAUAUGACGGUUAUGGCGUGCGCAGGCAAGGGCGAGGACGGCGAUCCCUGGAUUACUAUGAUGAGUCGGAGCCAGAUGAGCUGAUCCGAGUGUUUGUGGCGCUGUUUGACUACGACCCCAUGUCCAUGUCUCCCAACCCUGAUGCUGCCGAUGAGGAGCUUCCGUUCAAGGAGGGCCAGAUCAUCAAGGUGAUUGGUAAUAAAGACACAGAUGGCUUCUACAGGGCAGAGAUCAGAGAUCGAGUGGGUCUGAUCCCCUGUAACAUGGUCUCUGAGAUCCAGACGGAGGAUGACGACAUGAUGGACCAGCUCCUCAAACAGGGUUUCCUGCCCCUCAAUACUCCUGUGGAGAAGUUAGAGAGGAACAGGCGGAGUGGCCGACAAUAUCCAAUGUCAACAAGGAGGAUGGUGGCUCUGUACGACUAUGACCCUCGAGAGAGCUCCCCGAACGUUGAUGUAGAGGCUGAGCUGACUUUCUGUGCCGGUGAUGUCAUUACAGUUUUUGGUGAAAUUGAUGAAGACGGCUUUUACUAUGGCGAGCUCAAUGGACACAAGGGACUUGUUCCUUCCAACUUUCUAGAAGAAGUGCCUGAUGAUGUAGAGGUUUUUCUCACAGACUCACCAUCUCGAUACCCCCAGGACACUCCAGCACGGAUAAAGACCAAAAGGGUUCCAUUGGAAAAAUCCGCUCCGCCCAGAAGAGCUGCCUCUCCCACAGUGCGUCCACACAUCCGCGGCUCCGGCCCUGCCACCGUGGGGCCCGGCAGCCCCAUCAGGGCUCCACUGGACAUGUACUCCUCCAUACAGAGAAAGGGACUGCACUCCAAAGGGAAGGAACUAUUGCAAGGACUGGGCGCUGUAAAAUAAUACGGAGAGUGUCAUCCAUAAAAAAAAGAGAAAGGAAUCUAACACAGUGAACAGGUUGCAUUUGUGAGCUCAGCAAAUGCUUUAUUCUUGUACAUCUGUUGUAAACUAGAAUAUUUGUAUUUUGUUAACAAUAUCCACAACAUAUUUUUAAUCACAUAUUUCA